CCGAGGCGGUUGAGACCUGCGGCUGGGUGGAGGGCGAGGCCACCGGACCCGCCUUUCCCGGAACGCGCCGUCCUCGGAAACGCCUAGACCCCGGCAGCUAGGCCGGGAGGCACCGCCCACUCCUCUGGAGCGGAGCGUGGCCAGGGUUGAGUCGUCGCACCGUGGGGCUCCGGCUCGGGUUUCGGGUCUCGGUGACGAGCAACUCCCCGCCUCCGGUGAGCGCGGGAGAAGGGGCCCAGUGGGGCAGUGGGCGAGCGGAGGGCCCAGGCCGCGGCCGCAUCCGCUGGUUGUCCACCUUGCCUUGCCCCAGGGUGCAAUCCCUGCCUUGCGUCGCCCGUGUCGCUCCAGCCACCGUCAAAUCCGGGUAGCGACGCGGGGCGUUUGCAGCGGUGCCGAGGAAGAGGACGGAAACGGUGUUACGAUUGCCUGCGUUUAGGAGGUGGCUGCAUUGUGGGAAAAGCUAUCAAGGAAGAAAUUGCCAAAUCGUGUUUUUUUGUUUUCAGAGUAGUUCACAACAGAUCUGAGUUUUAAUUAAAGCAUGGAAUACAGAAAACUACAAAAAACUUAAGCUUUAAUUUCAUCUGGAAUUCCACAGAGACAAGGCCACUUUAUGUUUCCCAGGCUGGACCAGAACCCCUGGGCUCAAAUGAUCCUCCUACGUCAGCCUGCAGAGUAGCCAGGACUUCAGUUUUCUUAGCUCCCUGGACCCGGUUGACCUGUUGGCUCUUCCCACUGGCUGCUCUAUCACGUGGUGCUCUCGGACUACUCACCCCGAGUGUAAAGAACCUUCAGCUCACGUGCUUCUGAGCUGCUGUGGAUGGCCUCGGCUCUCUGGACUGUCCUUCCGAGUAGGAUGUCACUGAGAUCUCUCAAAUGGAGCCUCCUGCUGCUGUCACUCCUGAGUUUCCUUGUGAUGUGGUACCUCAGCCUUCCCCACUACAAUGUGAUAGAACGCGUGAACUGGAUGUACUUCUAUGAGUAUGAGCCGAUUUACAGACAAGACUUUCACUUCACACUUCGAGAGCAUUCAAACUGCUCUCAUCAAAAUCCAUUUCUGGUCAUUCUGGUGACCUCCCACCCUUCAGAUGUGAAAGCCAGGCAGGCCAUUAGAGUUACUUGGGGUGAAAAAAAGUCUUGGUGGGGAUAUGAGGUUCUUACAUUUUUCUUAUUAGGCCAAGAGGCUGAAAAGGAAGACAAAAUGUUGGCAUUGUCCUUAGAGGAUGAACACCUUCUUUAUGGUGACAUAAUCCGACAAGAUUUUUUAGACACAUAUAAUAACCUGACCUUGAAAACCAUUAUGGCAUUCAGGUGGGUAACUGAGUUUUGCCCCAAUGCCAAGUACGUAAUGAAGACAGACACUGAUGUUUUCAUCAAUACUGGCAAUUUAGUGAAGUAUCUUUUAAACCUAAACCACUCAGAGAAGUUUUUCACAGGUUAUCCUCUAAUUGAUAAUUAUUCCUAUAGAGGAUUUUACCAAAAAACCCAUAUUUCUUACCAGGAGUAUCCUUUCAAAGUAUUCCCUCCAUACUGCAGUGGGUUGGGCUAUAUAAUGUCCAGAGAUUUGGUGCCAAGGAUCUAUGAAAUGAUGGGUCACGUAAAACCCAUCAAGUUUGAAGAUGUUUAUGUCGGGAUCUGUUUGAAUUUAUUAAAAGUGAACAUUCAUAUUCCAGAAGACACAAAUCUUUUCUUUCUAUAUAGAAUCCAUUUGGAUGUCUGUCAACUGAGACGUGUGAUUGCAGCCCAUGGCUUUUCUUCCAAGGAGAUCAUCACUUUUUGGCAGGUCAUGCUAAGGAAUACCACAUGCCAUUAUUAACUUCAUAUUCUACAAAAAGCCUAGAAGGACAGGAUACUUUGUGGAAAGUGUUAAAUAAAGUAGGUACUGUGGAAAAUUUGUGGGGAAGUCAGUGUGCUGGCUUACAUUGAACUGAAACUCAUGAAAAACCCAGACUGGAGACUGGAGGGUUACACUUGGGAUUCAUUAGUCAGGCCCUUCAAAGAUGAUAUUUGGAGGAAUUAAGUAUAAAGGAAUUGGAGGUUUUUGCUAAAUAAAUUAAUAGGACCAAACAAUUUGGACAUGUCAUUCUAUAGACUAGAAUUUCUUAAAAAGGUGUUACUGAAUUAUAAGCUUACUAGGCUGUAAAAACAGAACAAUGUAGAGUUUUAUUUAUUGAACAAUGUAGUCACUUGAAGGUUUUGUGUAUAUCUUAUGUGGAUUACCAGUUUAAAAAUAUAUGUAGUUCUGUGUCAAAAAAAUUCUUCACUGAAGUUAUACUGAACAAAAUUUUACCUGUUUUUGGUCAUUUAUAAAGUACUUCAAGAUGUUGCAGUAUUUCACAGUUAUUAUUAUUUAAUAUUCAUACUUCCUGUGUUUUUAAAUGUUUUGACGAUUUCAGUACAAUAUAAAAAGGAUAGUGAAUCAUUCUUUACAUUCGAACAUUUUCCAGUUACUUAACUGAUCAGUUUAUUAUUGAUAUAUCACUCCAUUAAUGUAAAGUCAUAGGUCAUUAUUGUAUAUCAGUAAUCUCUUGGACUUUGUUAAAUAUUUUACUGUGAUAAUAUAGAGAAGAAUUAAAGCAAGAAAAUCUGAA